AUGACCCGCCAUCACCCCUAUGGCGGCUACGAAGAGACGAAUGCGCCGCGCCGAUCAGGUCGCGGUGUUGGCCGCGGUGGCCGGCCUGGCGGGCGUGGUCGGGGCGGACGGCAUAGAAACGCAGCGCAUUUCGCCGGCUAUGCGCCCUACGGGAUGGGCGAGGCCCUCAGCGCGUACCCGCCCUGGGGCGCGACAUUCGGUACGAUGCCGCUCCCCUUUGGGAUGCCGCCAUUUCCACCGUUUCUGCCCUAUGGUCCCGGCGCCUGGGGUGGCCACUCGGUUCCCUCGCAGGCGCCCAUGCACGGCCGUCGUCCUUCGCCAUGGGACGGCCACGGCCAAAACCGCUCGUCCGCGCCUGAUCGUGCGCGGCUGCCGGCGCAUCGUAAGAGUCAGCGUCCCCGGUUCACACGCAGUGCCUAUCAGCCCGACCCCAAUGCUGCGCGACCGGAAGACAGCAAGCCAUGCCGCACCCUGUUUGUGCGCAAUGUCGCCUUUGAAGUGGACAUGUUGAUGCUUCGCGCUGAUUUUGCGGCUUUUGGCGAGAUUCGCACGUGGUUCGACAUUGUGCAGCGCCGCGGCAUGCUGUUUGUUACAUACUAUGACACGCGCGCCGCUGACAAUGCGCGUGUGCAUAUGGACAAAAAGGUCUACGAGGGGCGUGCCUUGGACGUACACUUUAGUCUGCCUAAGGACGAGGAUCAACAACAGCACUGCGACCGCACAAAAAAUCAGGGCACUUUGUUUGUGGCGGUCCUGGAUGCGACGGAACCAGUCACAGACGAAGCUCUGCAGUCCAAAUUUGUCGAAUACGGCGACAUUCGGUCAGUCCGUACUUACAAAGACCAGGCACAUACACGCUUCCUUGAGUACUGGGACAGUCGCGCAUGUGUUGCUGCGCACGAUGCCCUGCAAGACACCGAAUUCCUCGGUGGACGGCUGUCUAUCAAGUUUGCGUGGGACCUCGCCACAGUGUCGCUGGUGAACGACGCGCGGCAUCGUAGCGAGGCGAAGGCCGCCGCGGAGGCUCGUGCACGGGCGGCCUUUGACGAGGACCCUGCGCCUUUACCGGAAGUCGAGCCACCUAUUGCUACGGCUGAACAGUCGCUGUCGAGUGCAUCGCCAGCGCCUGACGUGUCAUCACCGUGGGGCGAGGGCGCUCAUGAACGGCUGGAACAAGCUCAAAAGGUACAGCAGCAGGAAACAGAAGGAACGUCAAAUGAGCCAUUGCCGCAUUUGGAGUCUGUGCUUCCCACAAACGACGCAGCUAUCUCUGACGUGAUUGACACAUUCGCGAGCGUUGAACAAAGUGCGCAAGUGGAAAAUUUGGCCAAUGAGGAGACCGAAUGUCAAGACAGGAUCCCUCCACUUUUGCACAGCCCCAACAUCAGACGUCAAACUCCGACGACGAUUGGCGACACAGCUGACGUAGCCUAUGGCGCUGACACACGCCCCAGCGUGGAGGCCCUACCAGGUGCUGCUGAAAGCAGACGUCCUGCAGAGGACGAGUCGGUUUCUCCAUUUGCAUGA